AUGAGCUCAAAUGAUACACAAGAUGAAAAUGAUGAUUAUCCAACAAUUGAAGCCGAUUUAGAUGCACUUGAAGCACCUAUGCAAAAAUCUCUCUCAUCAUAUGUUGGUAUUUCUGUUACAUCAAGAAGAUUUGGUUGUUCAUCCUACUGUUACAAUGAUGGAAUAUGUGUUCUUGUUGGACAAUCUAUUACUUGUCGAUGUCAACGUGGUUAUAUCGGCGUUCGAUGUCAAACAACACAAUCGGCAAUCAACACAAGGCUAGUGUGUACACCCGGUCUAUGUGAAAAUGGUGGCACUUGUUUAGAUAUCAUCGAAUUAAAUACUUUUAUUUGCAAUUGUCCACUUGGCUUUACUGGCGAUUUAUGUCAAUAUCCAGACACCACCCCCAUCCCCACUACCACUACAACAACAACAACAACAACAACAACAACAACAACAACAACAACAACCACAGGAACUGGUGUCAUAGCUGGUAAACCAUGUCCAAUAAAUUAUUGUCAAAAUGGAGCAAAUUGUACCAUCCUUCCUGGCAAUGGUUUCAAUUGCACUUGUGCAUCAGGCUAUACAGGUCUCUUGUGUGAUUCACCAGUGUCUGCUGUUGGCCCAGGAAUUACAGGACUCUGUAGCAUAGUUAAUCCUUGUUUAAAUGCUGGUGUAUGUAUACCGACCUUAAUUGGAUAUCAAUGUCAAUGUUCCGGCAGUUUUUCUGGAAAUAAAUAUAUUCAUUUUUUAUGUAGUCAAAAUGGUGGCAGCUGUUAUCUUACUCAAACUAGUUCUGCUUGUGUAUGUCAAACUGGUUUUAGUGGAACACGUUGCGAAACAAGUCUAGCUGCUAGCAAUCCAUGUUAUAAUAGACCAUGCCAAAAUGGAGGCACAUGUCAAGUAGUUGCUCCUUUUACAUAUCGAUGUGUAUGUUGUAUUGGUUUUCUUGGUGUUCAAUGUGAUCAACGUGUAUGCGAUCCAAAUCCAUGUUUAUAUGGUGGUGUAUGUUUACCAUAUGGAAAUAGUUUUCAAUGUCAAUGUCCAGCACAAUAUACAGGACGUUGCUGUGAACUAUUACUUGUAACUACAGCAGCACCGAAUCCAUGUAGUUCUCAACCAUGUUUAAACGGAGGUACUUGUUCAGCAACAAGUGCUACAGCAUUUGUUUGUUCAUGUACACGAAGUUAUUAUGGUCGUUGUUGUGAAUUACGUAAUUAUUGUCAACCAAAUCCAUGUUACAAUGGUGGUACAUGUAUUGCUACAACAAAUGCUUACUUAUGCCAAUGUGUAUAUCCUUAUUCGGGUAGUAAUUGUGAAAUAACUUUAGCAACUCGAGCUCCUCAACCUACUUGUGCUUGUAUACUUUGUCCGUGUCCAACACCAACUGCUGCAACAUAUAAUCCAUGUCUGCCAAAUCCAUGUCAAAAUAAUGGAGGUUGUAAUGUUGUUCAAAAUACUGCUCAAUGCUAUUGUCAAUCAGCUUUUACUGGUUAUUAUUGUGAAUAUCAACGUAAACGAUCAUUAAGCAAUGCAGCUUGUGGAAAUUUUACAUGCUUAAAUAGUGGAAAAUGUUAUGUUAAUGAAACUGAACCUCAAUGUGCAUGUCCUAAACCAUAUUUUGGUGAACGUUGUGAAUUAAUUAAUCGACCUCGUACAUGUAAUCCGAAUCCAUGUCGUUAUGAUGGUCAAUGUAUAUCAACAAAAGAUGGUUAUAAAUGUAUUUGUAAAAAUGAUCGAACUGGUAUACUUUGUGAACAAAUGAUAAUGCCAAGAAAUUAUCGUUGGUGUCCAUUGGAUUGUCGAUCAGGUACAACUUGUGUUUAUGAAGGUAGUACACCAAUAUGUCGGGUAAUAAGCGCUUAUUAA